UGGGUGUCUGGAGCUGAAUUUAGACUGGAUCUCCGCCGCUGUCUGCGUGUUUUCACUUUGAUAUAGCCCACACCGGAGAGCUUGUCAGAGACGAGCAGAGGGCGGGGAGAGGAGCUGAAGGUGUGUGUGGAAGGUGUGGAGGAGAUGUUUCCUUCUGCAGGAUGAACCGGAGGAAAGUCAUGCCCGGGGUUGUCCCCUGCUGUCUGUUCAUGCUCCUGUCUGUGUCUGUCGAGGUCUCUGAUGGGGGAUUCUUGAAUGUUAUCCAGCGUGCAGCACCACUCUCCUGUUCACAAGGCUUCGAAGAACUGGGAUACUACAAUGGUUCAGUUUCCCACACGGACACAGGCUAUCCCUGCCUCAAGUGGACAGGUUUCCCAGACUACAUGCACCAGUACCCGAACCGAGGCCUUGGAGACCACAACUUGUGCCGAAACCCAGAUCAAGAGGCCAACGCCUGGUGUUUCUUCAGACAGAGCUCUGGUGCCAUCGGCUGGGCUUACUGUGACUGCCAUCAGGGUGCAGCCAGAUUGGUGGGUGGAUCAUCAAGCAACAAUGGGCGCCUGGAGGUCUAUAUGAAAGGCCAGUGGGGGGCAGUAUGUGACACACAUUGGACCAACCUUGACGCCAGUGUCAUAUGCAGACAGCUGGGACUGGGGGAGAUUGGUACAGCCCUGCAUGACUCCUACUUUGGUCCAGGAUCAGUCUUCCAUUAUGAGCGUCUUGGUUGCCGUGGUAAUGAGAAUUCCCUACUGGAGUGCCGGAGCAGGAAGUUUGUCACAAGCGACUGCACACAUGGUUCUGGGGCAGGGGUGGUGUGUGCUAAACCUGAGGGAACUGGCUUCCCUUUGCGGCUGGUUGGAGACCUGGAGGACUUUGAGGGCCGUGUCGAGGUGUACCAUUAUGGCAUUUGGGGAACUAUUUGCGAUCACCUAUGGGAUGACACUGAUGCUGAGGUGGUGUGCAGACAGUUGAACCUGGGGGGUGUGGCCAAAGCACGGACAUGGCCCCACUUUGACCAGAGGUUUGAGCCCAUCUUGCUUAAUGAGGUCCAGUGUACAGGUAAUGAACUUGCUCUGGAGGAGUGUCCUUAUAACUGGGAGCAACAAAACUGUGACCACAUGGAAGUUGCAGGGGUUACCUGCAACCCAUACACAGAGGGUGCAGUCCGACUGGUGGGAGGAGACAAACACUGGAAGGGUCGUGUGGAGAUUUACCACCAGGGAGAAUGGGGCUCUGUAUGUGAUGACUACUGGAGCGAGCUCAACGCCCAGGUAGUGUGUAGACAGCUGGGCUUCAGGGGCCUAGGGGAAGUGGCCCCUGAUGAGGUGUAUGAAGAAGGUCGCGGGCGGAUCCUGCUGGACGACGUGCGGUGUCAGGGAUCAGAGGCCACUUUACUGGCAUGUACCCACUCUGAGUGGGGCCAGCAUGACUGCUCCCACAGUGAAGAUGUAGGAGUCAGCUGUGAAAGAGGGGGUGGUGCCAAUGAGAUACCUGGCCCAUUGCCUUCUGGUGGUCCACUGGUGCGUUUGGUUGAUGGAGAGAGCAGGAAGGAGGGUCGAGUGGAGGUCUUUAUUAAUAACCAGUGGGGAAGCGUGUGUGAUGAUGGCUGGAAUGAUGUCAGUGCAGCUGUUGUUUGCAGACAGCUGGGAUACUCGGGCAAAGCUAAGGCCCGAUCCAUGGCUUACUUUGGUGAGGGUCAAGGUCCUAUCCAUCUGGAUAAUGUUCGAUGCUCUGGCACUGAGGCUUCCUUAGAGCAGUGUACAGCUGUGGGUCAAGAUAGCCAUGACUGUCGCCACAGUGAAGAUGCAGGCGUCAUUUGUGACUACACCCUGGAUCCCCUGGGUGAUGGUGCUUUGACAAUACAGACCUGUGGCCUAAGACUCAAUAAUCAGCAUCGUCGACGCAGAAUCAUAGGAGGAGAUAAGGCACUGAGGGGUGAAUGGCCAUGGCAGGCGUCUCUGUGGCUCAGGUCUCAGUCUAAAGGUAACCACCCCCUGUGUGGAGCAUCACUCAUCAAUGCCUGCUGGGUGGUGACUGCUGCCCACUGCUUCAAGAGAUUUGGAAUAGAUCCAACCCGCUACGUGUUACGCCUGGGUGACUACCACACUGAGGAACAGGAUGACUUUGAACGUAGCUUGUCCCCUGAACGCAUUGUCAUCCACAGAAAGUACCACAGUCAGGACUGGGAGUAUGACAUUGCCUUGCUGAGGCUCAAAGGCACAGAGGGCAACUGUGUGGCAUUCAACCCUCACACUAGUGCGGUGUGUCUGCCAGAGCCAGGUAACAAGUGGGAGAAGAGGCCUGCUGCCUGUGUGAUCACAGGGUGGGGCAUCACAGACUCAGAGUACUCCCGGACCCUGCUGCAGGCCUGGGUAACUCUGCUUCCAGCUUGGAAGUGUAAGAAGCGGUAUGGUGAUCGCUUUACUGGCCGAAUGCUGUGUGCUGGGAGCCUGUCAGAGCGCCAUCGUGUGGACAGUUGCCAGGGUGACAGUGGGGGUCCUCUGGUUUGCCAGGGGGAGGGAGGCCGUUGGGUUCUAACAGGUGUCAUCUCCUGGGGUCAAGGCUGUGGUAAUCCCUCCUUCCCUGGGGUGUACACUCGUGUUAGUAGAUUCCUGAGAUGGAUUGACAAAGUCAUCAACAAACCCUUCAAGAAUUAAUGAUGGAGAAUUACACUUGGUUAUCCAUUGUAAUCGAGUGGCUUCAGGGAUUGUAGCAGAUGAUCUGUAUUGGUAAGGAUGUAGCCUGCUGAUACAGAUCUGAACUUCUAUGCUAAGAAACAUUACUUCAAAAAGCAUGUAACUAACAAUGUAUAGUACUCACAGUGUGACUUGGUGCCUAAUUAAUAUACAGUAAACCAGUGAUCUGCCUACAGCAAGUGGUAAAAGGUUGUUAUAGAUAUGACAAUUUCAAGAAACUUCUAUAUGCUCCUCUUCAUUGUUCAAUACUCACUUAACAGUGCUGUGCUAAACAAUAUAGUCAUACUGCUUCACUUUGCUCUCAACAGCAGUUCCUAUUGUUAAGGCAAGUGGAAAUGUGUAUUUUCUAACCCUAAGACAUAUUAUCAUAUAGAUAUGUGGCAAUUCAAUUCCAAUCUGGUAACUAAGAGCCACCUGGACCCAUGAAUACCUUUACUGGGUAUAUAUUACACUGAUUAAUAGUGCUCAGCUAAGCCUGCCAUGUGGAAUUGUUUAAAAACCUUGCACUAUGAAGCAUUGGGUUACUUGUGAAUGAAAUGGAGAAAAAAACAAUGCCUUGAAAAGUGUCUAGAAUAGUAUUGGAAUGAAUUUGUUCAAACAGAUUAUAUUUAUUUAAUAUUCUUAACAUUCCAUGUGUAUGUACCUGAAUGUACACAUUUCAAAUCAUUAUUUAUCUUUUCACUGUUAAUCUAACAUUAAUUACAGUCUAUAAAAUAAGUUUGGUAUCAACUACUAAACAGUAAAAAGGGUUGUAUAGUAAAAGUGUCCUUGGGCCCUGGAUCUCACAAACCCACAAAGACCUAAAGUUGACUGUUAAUUUGUUUGUGGUCAUUUGAUUGGGGUCAGCUGUUACUGUGUAUGUGGAUAUGUGAAUAUGUAUAUUCUCGAGCAAUAUGGUAAGGGCCUAAAGCUGGGUCCUGCUUCAUCACCUGAUCUGAGGCGAUGUCUUGAGAAAGACCCUGUGUAAAACCUUUAACAUUCAGCUCAUAUUGUGCCUACUUUCAAUAAUGUUGAAUUAAAUUGUCUUUAUUUUGAAAUACUGUUUGCAAUGCA